AUGAUUAGUUUUUUCGUAUGUCCAGGCUGUCAGUCCUCUCUUCACAUCAAGUUUGAUGGCUCUGUGGAGGAUCAGUCUCUGCAACGUCACCCAGCACGCGCAGAAGGCGUGGCUUUCAGCCAGCAUGGCACCGCCUACUUCAAUGGCUCCGGGCGAGUGCAGAUUAACACUUUGCCUGCUGACCAUUUUCGAAUAAGUUUGUUCUCCAUCUCCGUUAUCGUCUGCAACCACAGCAGUCCUUCAAACUUCAUUUGGAAUGAUCACUAUAACUGGGGGUUCCAGGACUGGUUCGACAGCCAGACCGCCACCAAGCACAACGUAACAUUCAUCGGAAGAGAGGUGCAAGAUCAAGGACUUGACCCAGUCUUGCCCUCUGGUCAGCAGACGGUUGCUCUCGAGAAGCUGAUGGUCCUGCCCAACGGCUCGGUCAUUCAUCAGGACGCUGGCAAGACGGCGGGAGGAACCUGGCCCGAUGGUGGCAAGGAGAUGACCAUGUUGGACUUGGGCAGCAUGGCAACCAUCACCGACACUACAGUGUCAGGGGGCGUGGUCUUCGUGCCCAACAGGCGGGGCCAGUUCCUUGUCCUCACUCCGGCCCCAUCACGCGCCGAUUUGGGCAGCUGGCAGGUGGUAAGCAUGGACGGUAGAGUUAUGCGAUCUGGGUCAGGGGAGGUGCCAGCUGAUGUGGCCAGCCAGUACAGCUUCCAGCUGCGAGCUUCGCCGACAUCACACUGGUUCAUAAUGCUUCCCACCGGCAAAGUCAUCAAGUCUGGCAUCGGAAACAUUCCCGACGACAUUAGGAACCUGUAUGCAGGAUUCGCUCCAGGAAAACUGCUGGAAGUGAAAAACAGUAGGCCCUGAGGUGGUGGAGUGGAAACUGUCCAAAACUGACGGUAGCAAUGCAACAGGCGGUCAAGGGUCAAUUCCCGCCAGCAUCGUACAGCAGUUGAAGCUUGACCAAGUUCUGUCGUCUGAAAGGAAAUCAGUGACACGCUGGGCGGUGCUGUCCUCAGGCGGCGAGAUUCUCGCAACCGGUUCCGGCGAUCUGCCGGCAGAUGUCCUCAGCAAGUAUGGCGACCUGCGUUCCGGCGUCCUGCUGCAGCAGUCGGACGCAGGCGUCGAUGGCGCCAUCUGGAGCAUCAAACGCGCAGACGGAUCGACGCUGGUCGAGGGCGUUGGCAGCCUGCCCUCUGGCGUGACCCAGUUUGUGCGGGGCUCGAUCGUCCUGCCCGUCAUCACGACCAACGUCACGUGGGAGGUGGUUUUAUCCAAUGGCACUCGCCUGACUGGCCACGGCCAGAUUCCUGAUCACCUGCAGGACCUUUUUCACAAAUCCGGCGGCAGUAAAAGCACGGAGACUGCGACACAGGAAAGAUGGUUUAUAAUUGACUCUACCGGAAAAGUGUUGAAUUCUGGGUAUGGAAUCGUUCCCAAGGAGAUACCUGAGUUCUAUAAAUCCGUUUCGGAGGUGACAAUCGUACAGCAGUCUCACCAGGCGCAUGGAACCCGGGGAUGGCAGCUGAUGAGCCAGGAUGGGCGUGUCCUCUCUAGCGGCAUCGGCGAACCGCCAGCAGACGUUUUCAAGGCGGCCUUGCAUCACAUGACCGGAGGGUCACCUGCUGGCGGGGAUGCCGCUCAAACGUCAGGAUCCAACUACCUUGGGUACAGGGUUGGGAACAGAGGUAGUCAGGGGGGUCAUCAACACACAGGCGCCAAGCAGAAGUCAGUCCAAGGGCCAAGGAGUGCGACAGAGAGCGCGGGUGAUGGUCGGGGUGCAACAGCCACUCAGCGUCAGUGGACUUUGACCUUACCUGACGGCUCGGUAAGGUCCGGCACUGGAGACGUGCCUGCUGACGUCCAGGCCCUCCUGGAAGCUGGCCAAGCCUCGGUCAAAGGUGAGAGUCACUGGAGCGUGACGCUGCCCGACGGCUCGCAGCGCACGGGUGUGGGAGAGAUGCCUGCCGACCUGAAGUCUCUGCUGAGCGCGAGAGGAGGUUCUGGACACGUGGAGGGUCGUGGACUGUCUGCACAGUCAGGCUCUGCUGGAGACGCGGCUGUCAGGAGACGAGGUCGCUGGAACCUGACGAUGCCCGACGGAAUGGCGAGGACCGGAAGUGGGGACACGCCCUCGGACGUGACCUCCCUCGCUGGCGCCUCGGGAAAAAGAAGUUGGAGCGCGAGGAUGCCAGAUGGCUCGCUGCGGACAGGUGAAGGGGAGAUGCCGGCGGAUCUGCAGGCUAUGAUAAACGCAGGUACUAGCGGGAGGACGGAACGACGGUGGAGUGUGGUCAUGCCCGAUGGCACACGGCGCACAGGUGUCGGGGAAAUGCCCGCCGACCUUUUAGCCUUGACAUCUGGUAG